AUGGAGGACUUUUGUUCUUCUGGCUUUUUCACCUGUGACGAGAGAAUGUCUCAAGCUUCUGGGAAGCAGGACGUGGAACAAUUAAUGAAGGAGGUUCAAGAGGCUCGAAGAAUCAAAAUGAUCCAUCAACCAAGCAAGGUCAUGGAUAUGGAACAUGAGCUUUUAGCAUUGAGAGCUCAACUUGCGGAGAAGACUAGAUAUUAUCUUCGACUUCAGAAGGAGCUUACAAGGACAAAGAAAGGAGAGGAAAAUGUUCCUCAUUUAUAUGAACUUGAAGGGAAUGAAACCUUAGGUUCUUAUCACUGA